AUGAAGGCCAGUCUCAUGAUGCUGUUGGCGCCUCUGGCGGCCAUGGCAGCACCCACUUCCGACAACUUGGAGCCUCGUCAAGCCAGCCAGAGCAUCGACGCUCUGAUGAAGGCCAAGGGCAAGCUCUACUUCGGUGCCUGUACCGACCAGGGCCGUCUCACCUCGGGCAAAAACGCGGUCAUUUUGCAGAAUAACUUCGGCCAGGUCACGCCUGAGAACAGCAUGAAGUGGGAUAGCAUUCAACCCCAAAGGGGCCAAUAUAACUUUGGUCAGGCCGACUACCUCGUCAACUGGGCCACCGCCAACAACAAGACUAUCCGUGGCCAUACCUUCCUCUGGCACUCGCAGCUUGCCGGGUGGGUCAACAACAUCCGCGACAAAAACCAGUUGACCACGGUUCUCCAGGAACACAUCACCACUGUCAUGACCCGCUACAAGGGCAAGAUCUAUGGCUAUGACGUCGCCAACGAAAUCUUCAAUGAAGACGGCUCCCUCCGCAGCAGCAUCUUCUACCAAGUCCUCGGCGAAGACAUGGUCUCGAUUGCCUUCAAGGCGGCCCGGGCAGCUGACCCGAACGCCAAGUUGUACAUCAACGACUACAACCUCGACAGCCCCAACUACGCCAAGGUAACCACAGGCAUGAUCCAGCACGUCAACAAGUGGGUCGCGGCCGGCGUGCCCAUCGACGGUAUUGGUACUCAGGGCCACAUUAAUGCUGGAGGCGGCAGCAACCUCGCCGCCGCCAUCAAGGCGCUUGCCUCUGCCAAUGUAAAGGAGGUUGCGGUCACGGAGCUUGAUAUCCAGGGUAACAACGCUGGUGAUUAUGCUACUAUCACCAAGGGAUGCUUGAGCGAGCCCAAGUGUGUCGGUAUUACUGUUUGGGGUGUUCGUGAUUCGGACUCGUGGAGACCCAAUGGCAACCCGCUCCUUUUCGAUGCCAACUGGAACCCCAAGGCUGCCUACAACUCUAUUGUCCAGGCUCUUCAGUGA